UUUGUAUAUUAAUAAUGCUGACAACAUCGUCACACUCACUAGCGAACACAUACGUACAGCCAAGAUAAAAGUGUUUGUAUCAGUUAAACUGGUAAAUUAUGCUUUACAUAGGAUGGAUACGAUUUAUUAAUAAUUGAAGACCGGUCGAUUAACGGAAUCAAUGAUCCAUCCAAGCAAUAACAUGGCAUUUCGUAUCAGAAAGAUAAUCCUUGAGAGAAGAAUUUUUUUGUUUGGAAUGGUGUCCUUAUCAACAGUAAUUUGACAUCACAAGUGUUUUUAACAGAUCUGGAAGAUUGCAUCGUAGAGAAGAUGUCAUCGAGCAUAGACACACAACACAGUAUCCUUAAAUUACUGAACACGAACGGCCAGGAUUUUGAUACUGCGGUCCAACAUUUAGAGCGGCAAGAUUUGGAGUUGUUAGUUCGGUCAUUACAAGAUGCAAUAGCACGCUUACAGCGCGAAUACAAGCGGUUAAGUCAAACGGCACAGGCAGACGAUGGACAAGCCACAUAUAGUCAACUGUCUAUGUCCAAACAGAGAUUAGUGGAGCUCUGCAAACGAAAUCGAAGAUGUCUUUCGAAGCUUAUGGCUGAGGAAUGGGACAACAACAGUAUACUUUCUGAUUCCGGUUCAGUAAUUAGCGAGGAAUAUACCCAAAGUUCAGGUGAUUUUACCACUUCGUACCAGGAUAGUGAUGAUUCCGAGAUAUCUCCUGUAGAAGAGAUCAAACCACCGUUGCAUAUCAAAAAAGUUGAGCCUGUCAUUAAGGAAGAACCAGCCCCAGUUAAAAAAGUAGGUCCACCAACAAAACCGAAACCCAAAAAAUUUGUCGUAGCCGACUUAAAAUUUUGUCAGGAUUUUGUAAACAAUUUAGCAGCGGAGGUCACGGCCAUGCAGGUUGCCAUGACAAAGAAAGAUGAGCCAGUGUGCUCCAUCAGUAAAAUGGUUUCGGAGAAGGACAAUGAAACAAUAGCGAAUGAAUCGUUAAAAUUUACAAACGGAUCAUCAUAUAUUUCUGAGCAAGAGAAAGAUGCUUCACUUUUGAGAGGUGUCAAUGGAAUUAAAGACGGAAUUAAUAGUUUACAGCUGGAAGAUUUAUCGGCUGAUGUGGAUCUUCCUGAUGUUUCCUCUCUUCCAAAGUCUCCCACAAACAGGAGUAACCAUUAUAUUCCAACACCGACUAGUACGUUAAGUUCGGUUUGUACGUCUGUACCGACAAGCGAAGAAUUGCAAAUGUUAUCGGGUGAUUACACGGAGGUUUGCAACGAUGAAUCGGGCAAUGCUGAUAAUCAAUACGAGUUGCCAAAACUGAAUGGUAUGAGAUUAAAUUAUGAUGCAUGUGUUGAUGCUCCAUUGUCUGAUGUCGAGCAAGCAUACCAAGAUCCGGACACACACGGAGAUGAUAAAAACGGAUACCGAAGUUCUGACAAGGAAGAUAGUCCGUAUCAGAAUGCUGAUGAGGGCUGUGAUUUUCCAGCUUCUGAUCAUGAAUCUACAUAUGAGAAACCGGAUAAUGACGUUGAGCAUCAGAGCGGACCGGAAGAUGCUAACGGAGAGUAUGAGAAUGUCCGGCAUGAAACGGAUGAUGAGGAAUUACUAGAGCCGCAGUCAUUAGUUGUGCUGCCGGGAAGUGAUGUGCAUACUAAUGACCAUAGCUCAGGUGGUGAAAGUGUUUCCUGGCCAGAUAAUGAGUAUGCAUCCGUUUUAGUUGACAAUAAGUAUGAAGCGAUUGAACGUAAAUCUCUGAUCACGCUGGCUGACAUGUCGAUUGAGGAACACCCGAUGGAUGAUGCUAUUUAUAGAUAUGAUGGGCCAAUCAAAUUUGAUGGAAAAAAUAAAGGAGAUAAACUGAAACUGGAGGAGAAAGAUAAUGUCAAGAAAUGGGAUCCUGUACCACUUUUAAAGGACAUAUUCACAAAUGUUCAGAGACGCACCCCUCUCAACCCACAUGUGCACGAUAAGCCCACAAUACGAAGCGAGAUCAUCAACAUGGAGGGAUACAUGGAGAAAUUACCCAUGGGAAGACGGAGGGCGUCAUUCAUCAAAAAAUGGAAAAAGCGUUAUUUUCGUGCAAAAGAAGGGAACUUAUUCUAUUAUGAGGAUCAUAAAGCAAGAAAAUCUCUGGGUUAUAUUCAGUUAAUUGGCGGGCGAGUGAAUGAUGUUGGCAGUAAAGCUCUUGAAGUAACAGAUACGAAAGGUAGAGUGUUGCUCUUAAGGUGUGGCACUAAAACAGAACUUGAAGACUGGAGAAAGGCACUUAUUGCAGAAGCUAAAGAUAGUGGCGGAAUCGGAUCAACACUUUCAAGGAGAUAUACAAAACCUGUUGUUAUUAUAGACCUUGGUAGCUCAGCGGUGAGAGCAGGAGUACUGACAGAUGAUAACCCCACCCCACAGCUUUUCUUUCCCUGUGUAGUGGCAACAAACAAGAAGCAAAAAGACCAUAAGGUGUAUGGGUUCGAUGCACUUCACCCGGACUGUCGUGCAGCAUCAAAAGUUGUCUACCCGUUGAAGCCACUUCUAGAACAAGAAAAGUUUACUUUAAAUUUAGAUGUAGUAGAAGGUUUAUUAAACUAUAUCUAUUCGGAGCUGAAAGUAGACCCCAUUGCUUUUACGACCCUUCUCAUUACACCCUUCAACUUUGGUAAGAAGACAUUGGAGAAACUUGCAGAGUUGUUGUUUGAAAGAUUCCAUGUAGAGGGUUGUUUUAUCCAGGAGCAGGCGUUGAUGGCGCUAUACUCUUACAAGGCAACGUCUGGUGUUGUUGUUAAUGUAGGUGAAAGAAUUGAUAUUGUUCCAAUAGUGGAUGGAUACAUCGUUGAAGGAGGUGUUAGCAGGCUACCGUUUGGAGGACGACAGAUUACGGAGCACCUCACAAGACUUCUAACAGAACAGGGUCAUAGAUACUUCUCAGACGUGGAAUCUUACAUCAGCAGAUACAUUAAGGAAAAGGCAUGCUUUGUUGCUCAAAAUUACCAGGCUGAGCUGCAGUUCUGCAGUGUGGAUUCUGAGCUGUGCAGCACCUUGGUAGACUUGGAUCGAUACAACGUACCUGAUGGCUUUGGGCACGUGCGAGUUGAUAACGGCCGGUUCCGAAGCACUGAAGGCUUAUUCCACCCGGAGCUAUGGGGCAAAGAUCAUCCUGGGUUACAUCUACUGGUCGCUAAGUCAAUCAAAGCUUGUGGCAUAGACAACCGCAAACACAUGUGUAGAAGCAUCUAUUUAAGCGGAGGAAGCACCAAAUUACCAGGUCUGGCAGGUCGCCUCAAGGGAGAAUUGUUGAAGAUCUUUCCCAAGUCAGCGACGAUAAAGGUCCACGCUGCACAAGAACGCUAUCACGCUGCUUACAACGGUGCCACGAUCCUUGCUCCUCUAUCUGUCUUCGACACGAUGAGUAUCAGCAAAGAGGAAUGGCGAGAACUGGGGCCAACAAGCAUCACCAAAUGGCUUGGUGAUUGAAAUGUGUUAACGUGAGCUUGGUAUCAAAUACUGAUAAGAGCACAUUAAAUUGUUGUGGAUAUGAGAAGAAUAAUAUUUUCCAUAUUGUAAACUAUUGCACAACAUCGAUUUCCCCAAAAAUUAUUGCCUAUAAAAUGGAUGUUAAUAGCACACACUAUGAGGACAGUAGUUCUACAACUUCUUAAGCUUGGUUUCCAUACAAUCGCUAUACGCUAUUGUGACGGCUGUCGGUGAUGCUGAUUUGUCGGUCGAAUUGGGGAGCCUUCCCAAUUGCGUCGGAGACUGCUACGCAGAUCAACAAUUGCGCUGAAAAGACUUAGGGACAGUGUAGCGAUUUUAAGGAAACCAAGCUUAAAGGUCAAUCCAUAUUAAAGGGUUCUAUAUGACAAGAAUAUAGGCAUGAUGAUGUCAUAUCACAUCUAUACAUAGUUGGGUUUGAUGAUGUCAUAUCACUCCCAUAUAUUUGGCAAGUGAAUGGUAUUUGUCAUAUAAAAUUUGAUAGUGUAGACAACUCUAAAAAAAAGUAUUUAGCCAUUUUACUAUUCAAGAAAUUGUAUGUUUUUACUGAAAAACAGCAAUCAUGGUGCUUUAUAAAUACAAUAUGGCAAGGGGUUGAGUGCAUUAACUUUAAUCUAAGAAUAUUUAAUCAUUGCUGAUGCCUCAACCUCAUGAUAAGUAAUGCAAUAAUCAUGCAAUAUUAUGUUAGAAUCACAUGGUUGAUUAUACCAAAUUCAGUUAUUAUUGUCAACAUAAUUAGUUAUAUCAUCAUCAAUACCCUUUUUUCAUCAAUAUUAUUAUCACCCGUCAUCAUUCUUAUCAACAUUAUGAAUAUCUGUAGAACUAUUUUAUCGAUAAUAUUAUGAGACAUUCUCAACAAACAACAGUUCUUUUCAGAACUACCAGCUUGGUGUACCGCAGGCAUUAAAUAUAUGAUAAUAUUAUGAAUAUCAUCAACAAUUACCUGCAUCACCACUACCAUCAUCAUCAUUAUCAGUAUUAUUUCAUCACCAUUCUCAUCAUCUUCAUAAUCAUCAUCAUUAUCAUUAUGAAUGUCAUUAAUUAUCAUCAAUACUGUAUCUAUUUUGUCAUCAUCGUCAUCAUCCACAUCAUCAACAUUAUAAUAUUUAUCAUCGUCAUCAUAUUGAAUAUCAUAAACAUCAUCAUCAUCAUCGUCGUCGUCAUCUUUAUCAUCUUGUCCUAUAUUCUUUUAAUUCACUGUCUGACCAUGACCAUGGUCUGACCUAUAACCUUUUCUGGCACCUAAACAUAAAUAUCACACUUAGGCUUAUCUAAAUCUUGUGCUCUAACUCAAAAUCGUAUAAAUAUAAAGCUGAUUCCUAUUACAAUGUCUUAAUAGGAUUUGUCUAUAAUUUAAACCCUUGGGGAAUUGCACUUCCCGGUGGCACGUCCUCCCUCCAAAUGUUAAUUCAUGUAAUAGAAAACAUCUAAAAUCACAGCAAGUGCUUUAUCCCACCUUCCUCAUGAUAUGUCUUGAACUAUUUCACAUGUGCCUGUGUAGACGUGCUUACGCACACUGACUGUGCCAAGAUAAGAUACUCUUCUAAGGUUCUGUUCAUACAAGAGCAAUUUAGAUGUCAAUUGGGUUUGAGUUAAGCAUAUGAAUACGCUGUAACAGAUGUUAAAAGGCCUAAUUUUUGUAUUUUUAAAUAAUUCUCUGAACAAAAUAAUAGAAGAGAUAAGUUGCUUUUUGUUUUAAUGGAUAUCCAAAAUAACAAUGAUUUCAGUUUAUUUAAAGUACUGUUUCUAACAAGUGUUUCAAUUUUUUAUAGGAACAAGUUUGUGUAAAAUGUUCUUGUGUUUUAUAUUAUCUUCUACAUAAAAAUUGCGAGAUUUAUAUUUCCAAGAAUUCCAAUGCUAUAAUCAGAUAUAAUAUUUAAUGUUCAAAAGGUUUACAGUAAAGCUGGUGAACUUUUUGACUGAAUGUGUCAGUCAGUCCCAUGGGCAUACGUCAUGUAAUGCCCAGAUUUCAUCUUCGUGUAUUGUUCAUAAAUCAUAUCUGACCUUACAAGUCGGUUUAAGUUCUUUAUAGAAAUCGGACAAACUGUCAUUUGAUUACGUUACUCUCCUAGGAAAUAUACUUUAACGCUCCGGAGGAAAAGAUUGUGUGUAAACAUGCGCUUCCUUUGACAGAUUUUGUAUCUAAAUUCCAUACUCCUUACAAUGGCUGUGACAUUUUCGUUUACCACCAUGUUGAAAAAAUCGCCGGACGUGAAACUAAUAAUUUUAUUUGGCUUUUCAGUUAAGUGUUUUAGUGUGUAAUGUGAUAUCUGGACCACCUAAUACCAUCACGAAGACGAUGACUAUAUUUGUCCUUUGCUUAUUAUUUUAGCCGUUGUAAUUCUUUAUUUUCCUACAAUGUUGACGUAAUGUCCACCAGUUUAUAACUGAAUCUCCAAUAAUACGUUUGAAAAACUACAGCUCUAACGAAAAAGACAAAUGUGUUUGCAUAUGAGACAAAAUAUACCCAUUUACUUUUUGAGAUAAUUUUAAAGAUUUAUUUUAGCUUAAAGUUAAGCUACCUCUACAUCCACCUGAUCAACCAAACCACAGAUAAAAAUGACCGGAACAAAAAUGGCCACAAAAUCUACACCAAUGUGUUAGCGUUUGGAAGAGGUGCAUUAAAUAUAAGCUGGAAACAAUUGUUUAAGUAUCUAUACCAUUGACCGCGUUUCUUAGUACAGUACCUUGAAAAUAUAUUAUGCUUGGAUGAGAUUAUUUUGAUAACAGUAAUGGUGGUACGGAAACACAGAAUUUUAGAGCAUUUACAGUAUUACUAACAGCUUGUCACGGAGCCGUCAAACCGACGGGCAUUGUGAAUUUUAGUUUGCGUUUUUGCGACAAUAUUUUGAUACUAUUUCGUUGAAAGGUUAUUGUGCUAAUAGUAUGGAAUAAUGGUUCGUUUUUGACCGUCUAUCAAUUUAUAUCAGAUCCUAUUUGUAUUUUUGAUGGUUAUUAUUAUUAGGUAGUACUGUAGUGCCUACCGUUAGGAAUAUACAGAACGUACCUAUGUUAGACUGAUGAAAUUUAUUUUUUUUUUAAUGUAUUAUUUUGUAAAUAUCUAUGUACAUUUUCCGCAAUACUAUUCUAACUAUGAAGAAUCGUUUCUCUGUGAAUGAAGUUGGUGAUAAAUGAGGUGUUAGUGGCUUAGCCGCCUACACCAAGUAUUUUUGUGAUAAUAUUUUAUGAUGCUUUUAGGAAGAUAAUCACUGUGAAAAUAAUACAAAUAUUAUGUAAAUAUUCAGACAGCUAUAAAGAUAUUUUCAUGUAUUAAAUUAAAGUAUAAAUAUAAUUGA